AUGGUCAAGCCCUUAACAUUCAAAGGCGACAAGCCCAAAAAGCGCAAGGUCCGCACAACAGAUAGCGAAAACCCAACCCCAAAAACACGCAAAACAACCGAAGCCGCCGACGAAGACACCAACCCCGAAGACCAAAGCUGGGUCUCAGCCGACGCAGCAAGCGACAUCGCCGGCCCAGUAGUCCUAGUCCUACCAUCCGAUGACCCAACCUGCAUAGCCAGCGACGCCAAUGGACAAGUCUUCGCAAGCAAACUCGAAAACCUAGUAGAAGGCGACCCAGGCACGGCGGAGCCACAUGAUGUGCGACAGGUUUGGGUUGCGUCGCGGGUAGCAGGGACGGAGGGGUUUAGUUUUAAGGGCCAUCAUGGGAAAUACCUAACAUCCGACAGCCACGGCCUCUUAAGUGCAACAGCUUCAGCGGUAAGCCACUACGAAAGCUACCUAGCUAUCCCCUCCCCAGAAGUCAGCGGCACAUUCUCCCUCCAGACCCAUGGCGGUGACGCCGAAUCCUUCCUCUGCAUCAAAGAAAACAGCAAAGCUGCCGCCGGCGUGGAAAUCCGCGGGGACGCCAGUACCAUUUCGUUCGAGACGACUAUGCGCGUGCGCAUGCAGGCGAAGUUUAAGCCGAGGAUUCGGGCGAGUAAAGAGAGCAAGGCUUAUGAGAAGAUUAGUAAGAAGGAGUUGGAGGGGAUUGUUGGACGGGGCCUUGAUGAAGAUGAGGUUAGGAAGUUGAGGAGGGGGAGGAGGGAGGGGAAUUUCCAUGAGGUUUUGCUUGAUGUUAAGGUUAAGGGGAAGCAUGACAAGUUUGCUUGA